CGGGAGCGGCGGUGGCGGUCUGGCUGCGGGCGGGGAAGCCGGCGCCGGGCCCCUGGUCCGCGGGACGCCGCGCAGUGCCCGCCGCUUCCCCCCGCGGAGCCAUGGAGAUCGGCACGGAGAUCAGCCGUAAGAUCCGGAGUGCCAUUAAGGGGAAAUUGCAAGAAUUAGGAGCUUAUGUCGAUGAAGAACUUCCUGAUUACAUUAUGGUGAUGGUGGCCAACAAGAAAAGUCAGGACCAAAUGACAGAGGACCUGUCCCUGUUUCUAGGGAACAACACAGUUCGAUUCACCGUAUGGUAUGUGUCUGAAUAUUCACCCUCGGAACAACGUUUGGCACGAGUCAAGAGCAGGCUUCACGGUGUAUUAGAUAAACUUCGUUCUGUAACAACCGACCCCUCUAGUCUGAAGUCUUCUGACACCAACCUCUUUGAUGGUAACGUACCUUCAAACAAGAGCAGUUUCAGUCGAGGAGAUGAGAGAAGGCACGAAGCGGCAGUGCCGCCUCUUGCAGUUUCUAGCACUAGACCUGAAAAAAGAGAAUCUAGAGUUCCUACAGGUUCACAGGAGCAGAAAGCCACUAAUGUCAGACAGACUUACGAUGAUGGAGCUGCAACCCGACUAAUGUCCACAGUGAAACCUUUGAGGGAGCUAGCACCCUCUGAAGAUGUGAUUGAUAUUAAGCCAGAACCAGAUGAUCUCAUUGAUGAAGACCUCAAUUUUGUGCAGGAGAAUCCCUUAUCUCAGAAAAAAACUACAGUGACACUUACGUACGGUUCUUCUCGUCCUUCUAUUGAAAUUUAUCGACCACCUGCGAGUCGAAACGCAGACAGUGGUACUCAUUUAAACAGGUUGCAGUUUCAACAGCAGCAAAACAGUGUUCAUGCUGCCAAACAGCUUGAUGUUCAGAGCAGCCGGGUGUAUGAGACAGGACGUCUGUGUGAACCAGAAGUGCUUCACAGCUUAGAAGAGACUUACAGUCCCUUCUUCAGAAGCAACUCAGAAAAGAUGAGUAUUGAGGAAGAAAACUUUCGGAAGAGAAAGUUGCCUGUGGUAAGUUCAGUUGUUAAAGUAAAGAAGUUUAGUCACGAUGGAGAAGAGGAGGAUGAAGACGAUGACUGUGGGUCCCGGACCGGAAGCCUCUCCAGCAGUGUGUCGGUGCCGGCAAAGCCUGAACGGAGACCUUCACUUCCACCUUCUAAACAAGCUAACAAGAAUCUAAUUUUGAAGGCUAUUUCUGAAGCUCAAGAAUCUGUAACAAAAACAACUAACUAUUCUACAGUCUCACAGAAACAGACACUUCCAGUUGCUCCCAGAACUCGAACUUCUCAGGAAGAAUUGCUAGCAGAAAUGGUCCAGGGACAAGGCAGAGUCCCCAGGAUAAGUUCUCCCAUUAAAGAAGAGGAAGCAAAAGGAGAUAAUAUAGACAAAAGUCAAGGAACUCAACAGAGGCAGUUGUUAUCCCGAUUACAAAUUGACCCCGUAAUGGCAGAAACUCUGCAGAUCAGUCAAGAUUACUAUGACAUGGAAUCCAUGGUCCAUGCAGACACAAGAUCAUUUAUUCUGAAGAAGCCAAAGCUGUCUGAGGAGCUAGUAAUGGCACCAAACCAGGAGUCGGGGAUGAAGACUGCAGAUGCCCUUCGGGUCCUUUCAGGACACCUUAUGCAGACACGAGAUCUUGUACAACCAGAUAAACCUGCAAGUCCCAAGUUUAUAGUGACGCUGGACGGUGUCCCCAGCCCCCCGGGAUACAUGUCAGAUCAAGAGGAGGACAUGAGCUCUGAAGGAAUGAGAGCCGCCCAGCACCCUGCAGCCUCACACGGGGGACUCGCGGGUCUCCUCCGCCCGCAGCACGCCCGCGUGCUGAGCAGGCAGCUUGAGGACCCAGAUGGUAGCUUUGCAAACGCUGAGAUGAGCGAGCUGAGCGUGGCGCAGAAGCCAGAGAAGCUGCUGGAGCGCUGCAAGUACUGGCCCGCCUGCAAGAAUGGGGACGCAUGCCCUUACCAUCACCCCGUGUCGCCGUGCAAAGCCUUUCCUAAUUGUAAAUUUGCUGAGAAGUGUCUGUUUGUUCAUCCAAAUUGUAAAUAUGAUGCAAAAUGUACUAAACCAGACUGUCCCUUCACUCACAUGAGCCGAAGAACCCCAGGACUGCCUCCAAAACCAGUCACAGCACCAGCACCGCCUUCCAGUAGUCAGCUGUGCCGCUACUUCCCAGCUUGUAAGAAAAUGGAGUGUCCCUUCUAUCAUCCGAAACACUGUAGGUUUAACACGCAGUGUACGCGACCUGACUGUACGUUCUAUCACCCCGCCAUUACUGUGCCACCGCGACAUGCCUUGAAAUGGAUUCGACCUCAGACCAGUGAAUGACACCCAGUCCUACGUGACGGAAGACUGUGGCGUUUGAAAGUUUCCAUCUACUGAUGAAAGACAUUCUGCAGAAUUUGUCAGAUCUUUGAAACUUGGAAUAUAUUGCUUUCAUAAUAUGAAGUUUAUUGCCUAUCUGAAGUGUCUAAUUUUUCAAGUUUGUAAGUUUAUUAAGUGAUUUUAACAUUGGGUCUUUGUUGUUUUGUUUUGACUAUGGAAAGACAGUUUAAGGAAAAGCUGAAAUCUAUUAAAACAUUUGAGGCAUGUUUGUACACUGCUGUGUUCAAGUAUCAGAAUUUACACCGUGGUGCUAUCACUGUUGGUACUGAUGACCCAGGUGAGGCCCCAGUGGUGCUGUAUGAGGGAGGGUCCUUACUCCAGAAGUUGGAUGGCUGCUUUCACUUUUCGACUCCCCUGAAAACAGGAGUGGCCCAAAGUGCUGAGGUGGCAUAAAACAGUUACUCAGUCCUACUCUUUAAAGUGAAUUUAGUCUGAAAAGCAUGACUAUAAAUGCUUUUUGAGUUGAGCACUGCUUUGGUAAAUGGUUCCCAAAUAUCUGCUCCCUUGCUUUCUGAGAAAAGAUGAGUGAGGUGGGGUGUGUAGGGUGAACAGAGUUGGAAUGGCAAAGGCAACAGUUCCUUAAAAUGCUUUCAUUUACUGUUAACGUAUACCUUUUAAAUAAGUAUUUUAGGGAUCUACAUUAUCACAAAAUUAUACAAAAAUUUUUUACAAGUAUAUACAUAAGGUAUCAGAACAAACUUUAAACCCACAAGAUUAUAGCUAUACAUACAUAUUCUCACAUUCUGAAAAAUAACAUUCUCAGAAAUAAUUCCACAGAAAAUAUUACUGAAGAUAAUUUUUUAAAUGUAAAAAUUAGAUUUAAAUAGUAUAUUUUAAAUGACAGAUAUAUAAUUACAGAGAUCAGAUGGGUAAACUGCAAAAUAGGACUAAACUUUUGGGAUACUGAAUGAAAAUACAGAGUUUUGUGUGUGUGGUUUUAAAAUUGUUAAGGCAAGAAGUGUCAAAUGCUUUAGAAUUAAAUAACAGAUCACUGAUUUUUAAAGACAGUGUAGUUUUUUAAAAAGUAAAGCUAAAAGUUGGUUAGAAAAAAAGAGUUAAUGCAAAAAGGAUAGUAAAGAUCAAAAUAGUCUAAGGACCAAAUUAAACUGUGUAUAAAAAAAAAGUAAGUUGUUUGACAUGCGUAUUAGUCAUAUAUUGAAGGGAUAAUAAAACUACAUGUGUGUAAAAGUCCAUGUUUCAGAUGCUAAAACCUGCAGCCUUGUGGCCAUCUCUUUGCUGUUGGAAGAAGAAAGAAUUAACCAGUUAUUAAACCAUCCUUUAAGUUGCACUUUGCUGUGCUUAUAAGACUGAAACAUUAGAACAAGCAAGACAGUGUACACAAGGGCACACACAACGCCAUCGUGUAGUCAGCCUGCGUGAAAUGGCAAUUCCACGCCAUUCUAAAAAGUUCUGUUCCACUGAAUCUAAGGUACUUGUUCACUCGAGUGUUGACUUGAGAUGCUUUAUUUCUGCAGAAGAAAUUUGUUUUAAAUUGUACUUACAGAAAUUUUAAACAGACUUUUAGUAUCAAUGCUCAUAAAUGGAGUAUAUUUGUAUUCUCAUAAUUUCACUGUAAAAAGUGGGAAACAAGGGCUCAAGUGACUUAGUUCUACCAUUUUAUGAGGAAAUAAAAAGCUGAAAUGAGAUUUUUUUUUCUA